AUGACGAUCUCCGAGUCGGAGGACCUCAAUUUCUGUUUCCCGGUGCGGGAAUUAUCGAAUGAACGCAUCAAGAUGACUCCCUUCAAGGCAUCAAUUCAUUCGUCCUCAUUUGUGUCCAACUCAUCAGCUCACCCGGAGCUAUGGGCACACAUGCCUACUGGCCCGUUCCAAACCGUGCAGGAUUUCGAUACCAAAUUUCUCGAGGCCGUAGUCCACCGUGACCCAGGAAUGGUGUUGUUCGCCAUCAUAGAUAAAACGAAACCACCCUCCGCAGCAGACGAGGAAGGCGAACUGGCUGGGAUCAUGUCCUACACGAGCUCUUCGGCCGCGAAUCUAAGCACAGAAAUAGGGUUUAUUGUUAUUCUUCCCCCAUAUCAAAGGACGCACGUCAAUUCCAAUGCUGUUGGGCUUCUUUUGCAGUAUGCGCUGGAUUUACCAUCGCAGGGCGGUCUGGGGUUGCGCAGAGUUCAGUGGCUAUGCAGCUCCGUGAACGCACCUUCCAUUCGUGCCGCUGAGAGACUGGGCUUCAAGAAGGAGGGAGUUAUGAAAUGGCAUCGUGUAUUUCAUGAUGGCAAGGGCAGAAGCAAAGUACAUAAUGGUCGUGAGUUGCCUCGCGGUGGUCGUGUCGAACAAGACUACGGAAGGGACAGCGUUGUUUUCGGUCAAUGUUGGGAUGAUUGGGAGCAAGGAGGAAGAGAGAAGAUACAAGCGAUAAUGGUCAGACAGCAUCGACACACUUAUGAAUUUAUCAAGUGA